GGCAUGUUACAGCCAACACAAUCAGUGUUAUUGGACCCCAUGCACAACAAGGAUGCUUUAGUUUCAUUUUUCAGCACGCUUAAACCUUUCAAUUCUUUUGCCAUUUUUUCUUAUUUCACCAUGAAGUGUCAUCAUCAUUCCACGCCCAAGAAUCAUUUCUUCUUACCCUUUUCUUUAUUUUGCCAAUUCCACAUUCUCAGCUACUACAUACAUGGAUGCCCCCAACAACACUUUUCUCUCAUUCUCCUCUUCUAGCUUUCCUUCAAUAAAUAUCUACAUUUUUCUUCUUAUUUUGUUUUUCCCUCCUUUUGACAAGAACAGCAUGUGUGAGUUCUGUUGAGGGAACAUCUCCAAGAACCAGAACAAGUACUUUGCUGCUUUACCCUUUUCCAUUUCAUUGAUCUGGUGUGUACUGCUACUGCCCUUAUUAUCCUUUUCAUCUGUUACUACCACUCUACAAUCUUCAGUCUUUAGGACUCAUUCCGUAGAACAAGAAAACAAAACAUGAUUUAGCCAUGGUCUUUCCUUGGUAGAAAAACAAAUAUCAAUGCUUUUUACUUUUGAUGUUGUAGCUACCCAAAAGGGGUUGACCUACACACAUCGCUAGUGUGUUUUUCAAAUGAUUUUGGCCAGAUGACAAGGCUCUAGGAUCUGGUCACAGUUGUGAUAGCAGCGACCACAUUUGUCUGCAAUUUCAUGCAAUAUCAAAGACUGUGACAAAAUUUACCACAGUUUCAAGCAGCAGCAAGGAUUGAAACAAAACUAGGAGCGUUAAUUACCUUGGGCAGAAUUGGAAGCCAUUGGUUGUAUAUUAUUGGCUCUUUUUUCUGUCAUGGACUCUGCUUUUGGUCUGUUUUUGAUGACAUUUUCCUGGGUUUCAUUUACAUGUGAUGGUCAGAGUGUGAAAUCAGCUCAUGUUCUUGACCUCAUCAUAAGGGAUCACACGUUCAUGGCAUUGGACAAGAACUUGAGGACAGCAAUACCACAGUCAGUGGACCUACCUGCAAAUCUUUCAGGCAUUGGAGUUGAUGCUGUGAGGUUUAGGUGUGGCAGUUUGAGAAGGUAUGGUGCACACUUGAAGGAAUUUCAUCUGGGUACUGGUGUGACUGUGCAUCCAUGUAUUGAGAGGGUCAUGUUGAUCAGACAAAACAUGGGUCACAAUUGGUCUUCUAUCUAUUAUGCUAACUAUGAUCUAUCUGGGUAUCAGCUUGUGUCUCCAAUUGUGGGGCUCCUAGCUUACAAUGCUGAUGAUGAUGAUGCAAACUCAAGCAACCCUUUCCAACUUGGGAUUGUGGCUGGAGAAAGACCAAUGACAAUUGACUUCACCAAUGCCACAAAGUUGAACAAGGAAGAUGGGAUCAAGCCCUUGUGUGCCAGCUUUGAAGGUGAUGGAAGAAUGACACUUGCAAAAGGGAACCCUUUAACACCACUUGUUUGUGUUGCAAAGAGGCAUGGCCAUUUUGGUUUGGUUGUGGAGUCUCCACCAGAUCAGUUCAGGAACAAGCCCAUAAGUAGGUGGAAAGUGGCUGUUGGAAGCACCAUUGGUGCUGCUUUGGGUGCUUUUCUCUUAGGCUUGCUUCUUGUUGCAAUGCUUGUUAGGGUGAAGAAGAGAUCAAGAAUGGUGGAGAUGGAGAGAAGAGCCUAUGAAGAAGAAGCCCUUCAGGUCUCAAUGGUUGGACAUGUCAGAGCUCCUACUGCACAUGGCACUAGAACCACACCCAUCAUUGAGCAUGACUACAGACCUCAUCCUCGUUGAAUGCUUUCAUUCUGUUCCUCAUCAAAUCAAUUUUGUAACAUUAAGAUGACUUUCAAUCAAUUCCAUUAUGUUGCUGAUCAAUUUAACAACACUCUUUCUGGUUUCUAUAUUUCAAGUCAUAGGAAUAUAGCAGAGAUAUCAGAAUAUUAGCAACAAAUUUACAUGCACUUAUCAACAAUCUGAUGAU